CGAAUAUGGCGUAUGCACGCUGCUACGUCAGCGUUGCCGUUCUGCAGGGCCAAAUCUACGCCAUGGGCGGUUUCGACGGGCGCUCCCGGACAAGGACGGUCGAGCGCUACGACAUCAAGACGAACCAGUGGUCCAUGGUGGCCGACAUGAUCGAAGUCCGCAGCGACGCAAGCGCCGCAGCAGCUCACGGGCGCAUAUACAUUGCUGGUGGCUUCACGGGUGCCACGGUUCUGGACAGCGUCGAGUGUUACGACCCCUCGACCAACGCCUGGACGCGGAUUGUCACCAUGUCAUCUCCACGCAGCGGCGCUAAGGUGGUCAGCCACAAGGACAUGCUGUACAUCAUCGGCGGCUACAAUGGCGUCGUGCGACUCGCCAGCAUGGAGCAGCUCGACUGUCAGGAGAGCUCGCUCUUCCGAGCUACCCAGCAUGCCCCACGCGAAGAGCAACUUUGCCGCCGUCGUCCUCGAUGGCUGUAUCUACACCAUAGGCGGAUUCAACGCUUCGUGGAUCUAGCCCAGCGGCACUUCCACGAUCAGCUGGCGCGGAAGACCACCAUGGAUUUCAUCCACUGGCUGGCAUGGCCGUUCCACCACACGAGCAGAGCAGCGCCUUAG